AUGUCACAAUUUAGUACAAAUGAAAAUGUGAGCUUAGAAAAGAAAAUAGAAAUAGAAAAUAUUAAUAAAAUAAUCAAUGUGGCUGAGCUUUAUGAAAAAUUCGAACUUGAGAAAUGUAUAACUUGGAUCAAAGAAAAUAAAUUGUUUAAGGUAUGUUUGCAAUUUCCCAAUGUUUAUUUACCAAAUUCGUCAUCAAUAGUAGCUGAAAUUGAAAAUCAUGUUGAUAGUAAGAUAUACUUGUUAGCUGAUACAGCUUACGAAAGUUGUUGCGUGGACUAUGUAGCUGCAAAACAUGUAAAUGCCGAUGCAAUUAUUCAUUUUGGUGAUAGUUGUAACUCAGAAUUAAUAGAGAAUGAAAUACCAGUUCUAAAAAUAAAUCCUAAAAUUUUAAUUGAUUAUCAAUUAUUAUCUGAAAAUUUAAUUUCUUUUCAGAAAGAAAUUAAGGAUUUAAUUUAUCUAGUAUUUUCACAAAAAUAUAGUUAUUUAACAGAUAAAUUUCGUUGUGCAAUACCAGAAACAAGUACUGAAAAUUUUAAAUUUAUAAAUGCAAAAGAAUUUAAAAAGGAUUGCAGUCAAUCAUGUAUUAUCUUUAUCGGCGAAGAAGGGAGGGAAAUCUCAAACUUCCAAUAUUAUUACGAUACCGAAAAUUUAUAUAUCUGUGAUCCAAACGAUAAAAAAUUAUCGAUAAUCAAAUUUACAAAUCGAAGUACUGCAUACAAACGUAGAUAUUUUUUAAUUGAAUCGAUAAAAGAUGCAAAUACUAUUGGUAUUGUUGUUGGAACGUUAGCUGUUAAGAACUAUUUGAAUAUAUUGAAAAGAAUUCGUAAAAUUUCUCGAAUACAUAAAAAGAAAUGUUAUGUUUUUAGUGUUGGCAAACCUAAUGUUGCAAAAUUAGCAAAUUUUCCUGAAGUUGAUAUAUUUGUUGUGAUUGCUUGCUCAGCGAAUGAAAUAUUUGAUAGCCGUGAAUUUUAUAAACCAAUUGCAAUGCCUUAUGAUAUAGAAUUGGCUUUAAAUUCAAAUUUUAAUAAAAUUGUGUACAAUCCUUACGACUACAAUGAACUUUCAUUCGCAGACGAUUUAUCAGAUAAUAUUACUGAUUCAUUAACUGGUGAUGUAAGUCUUCUAUCCGGUAAAUUACGUGGCAAUACGAAUAUUGAUGAACAGAAUCAACUAAUUAAAAGUCAAGAUGGUCAAAUAUGUAUUCGUAAUGAUAUGACAGUAGUAGAAAAUAAUGCACAUGGUGCAGGAUACUUAGCAAGUCGAUCCUGGCAAGGUUUGGAUCAAAAUUUAGGUGCAUCUACUCCACAACUAGCUGUAGUAGGACGUAAAGGUUUAGCUGCUCAAUAUGAAAACGAAACUAAAUAAAACAAAUGUUUGAGUAAUAAUUUUGCA